ACAACAACGUUGUCUCUCUCUCUCUCUCUCUCUCUCUCUCUCUCUCUCUCUCUCUCUCUCUCUCUCUAAAAUGAAGGACUCAUCAUCAUCAUCAUCAUGUUUCACUGAUUCAUCUUCUUUUUCUGUUCCAAACACUUUUAUAGGAAUUGUUCUUCUGAACUCCAAGAUCAGAUCUUCAUCUUCUUGUAACAACAACACUCUUCUCUUUACUCGUUCUCAGCUUCUCAGAGACUUUGCAGCAAGAGAGUUCAAUGCUUUUCUAUGGAUUUUUCUUCUUGUUAUCACUUUUCUUUUGCUUAGAAGACUCUUCAAUGUUUUUGCUUUGUUGUAUAAAGCUAGAACUGUACCUGGACCUCCCGCUUCAUCGUUUUUUGGACACUCCAAGCUUCUUUCCAAAGAAAAUUUCACUGAUGUGUUAUCGAAAUCCCACGAGAAGUAUGGACCAAUUGUUAAGCUGUGGUUAGGUCCUACUAAGCUUCUAGUAUCAGUUAAAGAUCCAGUGCUAAUUCAAGAGAUGCUCGUAAAAGCCGAGGAUAAGUUGCCUUUUACUGGAAAAGCAUUUCAUUUAGCCUUUGGCCAAUCAAGCCUUUUUUCCCCUUCCUACGAAAAGGUUCAAAAGAGAAGGGAGUUAUUAGCAACAGAAUUGAACGAAAGAUUGAUGAAAACGGCUGAUCUGAAUCCUCUGAAGGUUGCAGAGUUUAUCAUAGAUCGAAUAGAAAACAUCAGAGUCAGAGGAAACAUUAGUUGUGGAUUGGUUUCUCAGCAUAUGGCUUUCACAUUAAUGGCAGCCACGUUCUUUGGAGACGGUUUCUUGACAUGGCCGAAGGCUGCAAUAUAUGAAGAACUGCUUAUGAUGAUUGCUAAAGAUGCUUGUUUUUGGGCUUCCUAUAAUGUUACUCCGUUUUGGAAACGAGGAUUUUGGAGGUAUCGACGCGCAUGUAAAAAGUUAAGAUGCUUAAGUGAAGACAUUCUUGAUUGCAGAAAGAGUUGCGAGAGUUUAGACCAUAUCGAUCAAAAUGUAUUGACUAAAUCAGCAAAAGAUCAGCAAAAUUCUAAGGAAGAAUCUUACGGUAACAUCAUGCGUAUGAUGCUUCAUGGAUCUCAAACUACAGCGGCUUUAAUCGCCUAUGUAUUGACUAAUCUUAUCAAGCAUCUGGAAAUACAGGAUAAGGUUUAUUCGGAGAUUAGCAUGGUUGGGAGAAACCCUUCAAAAUAUGAGCAUGAAGAUGUUUAUAGGAUGCAUUUGCUAUUGGCUACAAUUUAUGAAUCUGCACGUCUUCUCCCUACUGGUCCCAUGCUUCAGAGGUGUUCUAUGAAACAAGACUUGAAAUUUGCAACUGGUGUAACCGUACCUGCUGGAGCUGUACUCGUUGUUCCGGUUCAAUUAGUACAGAAGGACGACUUCAAUUGGGGGAAAGACGCAAGUGAUUUUAAUCCGUACCGGUUUCUGUCAAACGUUACCAAAGGAUCAGGUUCUGAAGAACAACUUGAUUAUGGAAUCAGCUCAAUUGUACUAAACGAUCCACGUGAAAAUGCAGCGUUUCUUCCUUUUGGAUCCGGUACACGUUCUUGCGUUGGGAAGAAAUUUGUUAUCCAAGUUGUUGCCACAUUGUUGGCAUCACUACUCAAGAAAUAUGAGAUAAGGUUCAACUCGGGCUCAAACGGCGACGACUCAGAACCAUUGAAAAAUCUUCAUCUUCUGCAUCAUCCUAAUUCACAAAUACUGUUUGUGAGAAGGGACCAGUGAAAGAAAAAGACAACUAUACUCUAUGAAACACAGACAUAGGAAACACGAUAUCGACACUGACACAUCAUCUUUUUCCUUUUUUUUUUCCAAAACGAAUGGGGAAGCUCGUCUCGAUAUUAAUGGCUCACUGUGGUUAUAUGGGAGGAUACACCUUGUGUUAAAUGAACUCAAGUUUUUUUCCUUCCUAUUUUUAAUCAUUGCCCUAGUGUGUUGGCCUAAAGCCAUGGCACAUGUUUUUGUUGGUUUUUUAAGCACUAAAGGGUAUAUAAAUUGCUGCUAGGAGCCAUAGGUUUUGCUUCCCCUUCUCUGGAUGAGGAGGAACUCUUUCUCUUCUGAUGUUCUAAACUUUUUUUUACUUCAGUAAGAAGUUUGUUCUAGUGUUGUGUUGUAUCAUCUUUGAUAUUGUUAGAAUAAACUGUACUUGUAUGUAUUAUUGUAUUGCUACAAAUGCAACAUUUGAGCAUGUCAAUGAAAUGAACCAAAUGCAAUGCUUCCUGA